AUGUCUCACCCUGAGGCAAAACUGAGGCCCCAGCCACGUCUAGACAUCAAGUGGCUGAAAACAAAUCUAGAAUUACUAUUCAUGGAUCAUGAUAAACUGAAUAAUAGUUGGAAUAGUUUGAUUACUGAUGGUGAACUGACAGGGAAUUUCUCUAUUGGUCUUUUCAAUAGUGCAGGUGUGAUUGCCAAGCAAAAAUUAGGGAAAUUUUAUUGUGGUCAAAGAGUAUUAACUUGCACUUGUUGUGAUGGAAUUUGUGGCCCUGAAAGUGGUUGCAAUUGCCAACCCUGUCAGAAACUUGAUGCAGAAGAAUGUGCUUGUACCAGAAAAUUGCCCAGUUUUGAAUCUCUAUCAGAAAAAUGGGCCUGGAGCCCACAACCAAGUACAGAAGAGCUGUCCCAAGGUAUCCUCAGUUUGAACCAUGAACAAAAAUUAGUUUGCUCAGAAGUAGCAAAAACCACUUUAUCUGCAACUAGAUUAUAUUAUCAAUUAACUAUAUUGAAAAGAUAUUUCAUUGCACUGAAUAGAAUACCACAUCCCAUUGAGCUAGAACAUGGCUUUUAUAUUAGGAAACAGUUGAAAUCACUCAAUUCUAAAGCCACAGUCAAGGUAAAAACUCUCCCAAGCCCGUUGGAUCCUGCUGCUAGCCUUGCACAAGUGGGUUCCAGGGCUGCUCUCAAUUUUUCUUUUGCAUUUCUGAGGAGGGCUUGGAGACUAGGGGAGGACACUGAUAUAUGCAGUGAACUCUUGACUGAAUCUCUGGAAGCCCUAAGGAUGUUACCAGUUGCUACUCUUUUUGCACAGAAAAAUGUCUCACCUGUCUGGCUGGAAGUGGUGGACAGGUCUUCCAAAUUUCUGAGGCAAGUCAUCACAGGAGAUACCACCACUGAAAGACAGUACAAUGUUCCUGUGACAGAUCAACACACUUCUCUGAAUUUGCUUCUGGAAUUUGCUCUUCAGAAAGGCACUUUAAGUAGUAUACUAGAUAUUGUAAUUUUGCUGCUGAUAUUGUGGGACAAGAAAACACACAUGAAUGACAACAGAUCUACUGAAUAUGUGGCCAGUGCACCACUGUUGCCUUUCCUGAAGAGGUUAUGUGAAGUAGAACCAUCUAGUUCAGUUUGUGCCUACAAAGAUGAGGUUGAGGAGAGCUGUAGCAGUACCAAAGUACUUCUUGAUCUAUUGGAACUGCCUGAGGAAGAUACUUGUGAAAUAGAUUUGAGACAAGCAGCUGUCAUUGUGAUGUCUCAUUUGGACAUAUUGGCAAGUCCACAUUUACCACCGUCAUCAUUCAACAAGUCGUCUUCUCAUAACGGCCAAAAAGUUUGGGGUUGGGGAUGGCUAUCGUGGGCACCCAGCGCAGGUCCCCAAAAUUGCGAAGCCCUAUCCGAUUUGCCGAUCAAGCAGCUGGCUUGCUCAGAGAGAGGAAUACUGAUCCUUUCCUGUUCCGGGAAGGUGUACUACAUGUAUUACACUUCGGAGACCCAGUGUCCUCAAAUUGUUGAAGGUUUGAAAAAUAAGGAAAUAAUAAAAGUUGCCACUCACACUGAAGGAAAACAUUUCAUGGCUCUCACCAUAGAUUCUGAAGUAUAUUCGUGGGGAAUCGGAGAUGGAGGAAGACUGGGACAUGGCGAUACGAAUUUCAAAGAAGAACCAUCCCUGAUUCAAGCUCUGGUUGAUAAGGAUAUAAUUGAUAUUGAAUGUGGAUCCACUUAUAGUGCCGCUAUUUCUGCUAAUGGCGCCCUCUUCACUUGGGGUAAGGGUUAUUAUGGUCGCCUAGGCCAUGGAACUUGCGAGGAUUGUCUGGUUCCAACAAUGGUGGCCGGAUUGGCUGGACAGCACGUGGUUAAAGUCGCUUGUGGUUCAGGAGAUGCCCACACCCUCUGCGUCACAAGUCAAGGGAGGGUGUACAGUUGGGGAGACGGCGAUUAUGGAAAACUUGGAAGAGGCGGCUCAGAAGGCUCCAAAUUUCCACGUUUGGUUGAAAAGUUACAAAACGUGGACAUCUCCGAAGUCUAUUGUGGCACACUUUCUAGCGUAGCCCUGUCAAAGGAAGGAAAGCUGUUCACUUGGGGAAAGGGCGAAGGAUGGAGGCUCGGCCACCCCAACGAAGACCACGUCCGCGUGCCGGAACCGGUCGAGAUCCUCCGGGGCAAGCGCAUCGUAUUGGUCAGUCUAGGCCCCGCCCACACACUGGCCGUCACCGACCACGGCGAGGUUUACGGUUGGGGCAAGAACGACAACAAACAGGUGCGCGACUCUCCUGACUUGUAUGCGCAGCAGCCCGCCCGGAUCGAAGCGCUGGAAGGGCGACGGAUAGUAGGCGUGGCUUGCGGGCCAGCGCAGAGCUUCGCUUGGACCGACGUGAACGUGUACACGCCGAGGACGUCGCUGCCGUUCGUCGUCGAUCUCAGCGAAUAUACUUUCAAAUUGAUCGACCAGUUGCUGGAGCUGGACAUUUCUAAGAAAACCUCUUUCACUCAAGACAGAGAAUGUUUGGCUAUAUCAGCUUUGAAAAUAUUGCAACUACAACUGCAUUGUAUAAUCAGUAAUAAUCUGGAUACAAAACCUCUCGGUCUGGGUGCCAAUAGUAAAUUGUUGGCGAGUUUGAAGUCUCAGGUGGUUUAUUUGGCAAGUGCUGCCAAAAUCCUGCCUUCCGUUCAAUCUGCUGCCCAGGCCGCUCUACAAUCGGGAUGGUCUAUUUUGUUGCCAACGGCGAAUGGAAGGGCUAGAACUUUGUCAUCGCUACUAUUGAAUUCAGAUAUGGAACCUAAGAUGUGUAAAUCUGGACACAGGUUCAUGACAGACCUGUUAGUAUGGAGUUUGAUGGCCGAUGGAGGUCUCGAAACUGCUUUGAACGAGGCACUAGGGAUAGAUAUAUCGGAACUUAUAAGUGCCGAUGAGAACUUUGAGCAAACCUCAUCUCAUAUUUCCAUUCCAUUGUUAUAUCUAGUGAGACAGUUGGUCAGAAACAGCAGUAUCAUUACACAAUCCACGGUCAAAGAAUUCAGCUCUUCCGGAAAAUUUCCGUGUCAAAAGAACCCUUCUCCCAGUAUCAAACUCCUACAACGAUUCCAAAGGCUCAUAAUCGGAAAAAUUUAUUCGGGAUCUCAAGAAUGUCUCGACGCUGCCGAAACGUUGCUCAUGAAAUAUCUAGACUGCUUCAGCUUCCACGUUACGGCGACCCUGAACUUGAGCUACGAAAUGUGUUCGAUGAACUCGAAGAAUUUCCUACAUGUCAUGCGGAUCCUGAGAGAGGAUAUUGUUGGAAUCUUGCUACCAGAACUAAUAUCGAGUUUAAUUCUCCUGGAACAAGAAGUUAAAACAUUCCUUCUGCCGAUGAACUGGCUGAACGUUUUUGACGAACCACUUAAAGCUCUGGACAAACUCUGCCGGCUCAUGCCAGAAAUCGAAAUCCACGAUUCUGACGAUAUCGCCUGGCCGGGAAUCUACCAAGCCAAACCGAACACCGUACCCCACAAACCCCACGAAGACUUACCACUGAUCAGACAAGCCGAUCUGGAAAACCACAACCUGGACGGCGGCUGUUGGAUCGUCAUCAACAACAAAGUUUACGAUGUCCAGGACUUCCGGUGCGAAAACGCCUCAGUCACGGAACUGUUGCAGAAAUAUGCCGGCAGAGACGCCACUCACGCCUUCAACAGUCUGCCGCAGAACUGCCAACUGUCGAUGCUGUUGGAGAAUCACUUGGUCGGCAGCUAUUGCCAACCUGAAACGCCAGACUCGCAUCAAAACGAUACGGAUGGCCUUCAGGUUUGUUUGGCGCUGUUGGACGUUGAAAGGAAUCUGGGCUACUUAUUGGGCUUGCAUGCCUGCAAUUUGAGGCAAAGUUUGGCCUUGACGCAAGAGGAAAUCGUCGCUUCGCAGUGGCUGAAAUCUCCAUUUUUGAGUGGGGGACUACAGAUCGACCAACCACCCAAUCCUUAUGAAGAAGAAAAAGGAGAAUCGCGUAGCACAAAUUCGACUGCGGGUAACACGCCCACAGAACCGAGAGCAAACAUAGCUCAAAAAUCGUUGAAAUACUCUCAACAACCAGUCGAACGAAUACAAUCGUUCAUAAAUGCUUUAGCCGAAAGCCGGUUGUCCGACCCCUACGUCAUUGCAUUUUUGGCGAUAGUAGAGCAACAUUCCAAGGCGAAUAAUUUCCUAACUAGAGUGGACUUUUCCUUUGAGCAUCCAAUAGAAGAGAUCGGUAGAGUUCUGUUUGCGGUUUUGUUGAAGCAUUUAGGACUCGGUUAUGUUUUGCUACCUAUUUUAGAAGCAUAUGCAGUUCAACCUAAUUUGAAGAUCCCGAAAUCGAUAAGUGAGGUUAUCAAAGUUGUCCACCAAACCAAGUGGAAUUUAAUAAAGACUCGCCAAGACGUGAACAAAGGUUACAAGGAAAUUUGCAUUCCUCUUUUGGAGAAAUGCCGGUUCCUGCUUUACGAAACCAAACCAGCUAUAAGCAUCGAAAUGGAGGCGUUCAAAAAAGUCAACAUACUCUACAAAGAACCGAGAGUGAGAACCUUGGUGAAAAAAGUCAUCAAAGAUUUGAAAUGUGGGCGACACACUUCGGACAUACAAAAACCCGAGGACAUCGUCAAUGCGACCAUUCAAUCACAAAGUAUCGAGCGUCACAAGUCCAGUGAGGAUAUCAGCAAGACUGUGAAAAAAACGACUUCAGAAGGAAAAAUCUCGGAAAGCAAAAGUGAGACGGACGAUGUGAACAAUGAAAUUAAAAAUGGCGCCUACAAAGCUUCUGCGGAAAGUAAAGCGAUGGUCGAUUCCUUCAACUCGAACAGUGUGAAAACCGAGCAAAGGCUUGCGAAAAGCUUCAACGAGAACAAGACUGAAACUGACGAGAAAUGGACGGUGGAAAAAUCUGAAAAUGUCGUUAGCAACGACACCGUCCAGCAAGAUAAGGAUAGGAAAAUAGAAAACCAGAUUGCUCUUGCUGGAAUCGUUUCGAAAUUACAUGAGAAACAAAUGAAGAAAGUUAGUAGUGAGAAUCUCAACGUUAUGCAUUCCAUUUUGGAGUUUAUCGUCCAGUCUGGCUGUGAAGUAGAAGUACUCAGAAAGGCCAUGUAUAAUCAGGUGAAGAGAUGCAAAACACGUAAAGAAGGAUUACAAAUGAUAAGGCACCUCCUGCACCAAUCCCACCUCCUCAACUCCGUCAAAUACUCCUUGAUGAACGGCUACCUAGGCCUGGACAAACCAGACAACCUCCACCACUGCCUCGACGGCAUCGACCUCGUAACCCCGUACCUGAAAACCGACAUCCUGCUCGCCCAAUUGGCAGUCACCGAAUGGUGCGUGGACACCCUGAGAAGCCACAUCUUGCGAGACGUGAAAACGAAAGGCGCAAGCGCCAAAGUGAAUCUCAACCUGGGCACCUACACGCUGCUCAGGGACGUGCCGAGAGCUAGGAUUCUGCUCGCCAUUCUGGGGAUUUUGGCAUCGAAUCGGUACAAUGCGCUCGAGCUGAGCCCGCUGGUUAACAGCGGGGUGGUUAGUUCGGUGUUGGGGCUGUUGAGGCAGGCGGGUAGCGACCAGAGCAUCGUCAGGAAGGUGUCCGAGUUCUACGUGCUGUACGCCGACGUGAUCGAGAACAGUAAGCCGAAGACUAGUAGCUUGUCGGGGCCCGAGCUGGCCGGGCUGAUGAAGCUGGGGACUAGGGUGGUGAGAGGAUCGGAUUGGAAAUGGGGAGACCAGGAUGGGAAUCCUCCAGGUGAGGGUAGAGUGAUAGGGGAAUUAGGGGACGAUGGCUGGGUUAGGGUCGAAUGGAGUAACGGAACCACGAACAGCUAUAGGAUGGGCAUCGAGGGGAAGUACGAUCUGAAUUUGGCCUCCCCUCCCUCGCCUGUAUCUUCAGAAAGUGAAACGGAGGAAUCUAGUGAUCGUGGAUCUCAACUCAUAAAAGACAAUCAUCUGAUCAAACUGCUUCGCGACAUGAGCAUCAAUUUCCUGCGAAACAUAACGCUUAGUGCCGGUCUGUCGAAAAACGAUUUGUAUCCGAACACCGUCCACGGUCUGAGCAGCCUAUUUUGCACCACUUUGACUUCGAAUUGCUCCGAAUGGAUCAAUUUGACUCUCGUGAGGAGUAUCUGUCAAACGGAACAGUUGUGUAGAGCCUUCAGUACCAAACCGUGGAUAAAAAUGCUCCUCGGUUUCUUGGGGCCACCUAGUAACGCAGGAGGGAACGAGUUGAAUCUACCGAAACAGAUCCUAACCAUACGUCUAUUAGAAGCUGUGUUGCAGUCUUGGGAUAUGGAUAAUCCCGAAAUAUCCCCCCUUCUCGAGAAAAUUCUCAAUAUACUCGGUAGAAUCGUUCUGACAUGCUCGUACGAUACUGGCAACAAACCACUCUUCAGCAGCAAAUCUCUGGUUUUGUUGACCCAGUCUCACAGCAGCACAGUCGCUCAAGAAAUUGUAAACCUGCUGAGAACCUUGCAUGGCUUACUAGGUUGGAAUCAGAUUCUCAACGCUAUCCUAAUCCAAAAACUCAACUUGGCCGCGUAUUUCCUGAGCGAAGCUUGUCUCACCACUAUGAUGAACGACCAGCCUACCUCCGAUCAGCAAUGCUACAUGGUGGUCGCUUGCUUGAACGUUAUCGGUGCUUGGGACGUCAGACCUAGGAUCGGAUCCGUAGCAGAAAUCGAUAAUAAUCAGGGAACUGUCAUCAGAGUCACUCCGAAAGGAAAACUGUGUAUCCAGAUGCAUGGCAGUGGGGAGGUGAUGAAAGCCACUGUAAGUGGCCUCAAACUGCUCAGUGCCACAGAGUUCAACUUCGAAAGGAUGCUACUGGGAGAAAACUUCGUGAAAACCUGGGCGAAUCUAUUGAUGAUCAGAAACACGCCCAACAGUCAUGACAGGAAGUCGUACCACGGCAAAGUGAAUCUAGCUUACCUUCGCACCCAGCAAAACAUGCUGUACGCAUUGAAUGCUACCAGAGUCUUGCACACUAAUCAGUACAAGCUUCGCAAAGUUCUGAAGUUCCCUGUCAACGGCAUGGAUCAGUCCCAAGAGCAACAGUCCAUUGAAGAAGAGCUCAACCAACAGCCGAUCCUUCUGAUUCAGAAACUGUUGGCCAAAGCGACUCAGCCCACGCCGUUGAAGCCGGGUUUCAGUUUGCAGGAAAUGCAGUUGGCUGCCCUGAAUCUUAGUCAAUAUUUGGCUGCCGAAGGGAAUUUCGAAUUGUCGGUGAAUAUAAACAACGAUAAGCCGACGCCGAUGAAUGUGACUAGAUGUAAUAGUGAAUUACCGACGCCGAACAGUGAAUCUUCCAUAAACAGCGUUGUUAGCGAAAAAACGAAUAAGAGAAGGGAAUUGGAAGAUGAGCCGUACGUACACCCAAUGGUAUCUCAAAUAGUGGAGAUGGGAUUCACGAAGAAGGCUGUGGAGAGUGCCAUAAAGUCACUAGCUAUAGGACCAGACAAUCUCACAACUCCAGAAUCAAUAGUCAGUUGGUUAUUAGAACAUCCAGAAGUUGCAGCAGAAGACAGUGAUUCAUUGAGUUCCGUGUAUGACUCCGAGACUGAAUCAAUAUCAUACGAAAAUGUUUUAGGGGCACAAGCUCUCAACCAAUACGGUGAUGAAAAUAAUGUGAAAUACCAGUCUUUCUGUAGACGCUCACAGUUUCUCUCCAACGACGAAUAUGCGAUGUAUGUUCGCGAUAAUGUCGAAGUCGGAAUGCUUGUCAGGUGUUGUAAAAGCUACGAAGAAGUUCAGCUAGGAGAUAUUGGAAAAGUUGUAAAAAUUGAUAGGGAAGGCUUACAUGAUCUCAACUUGCAGGUUAAUUGGCAACACAAAGUGAGCACUUACUGGGUCCGAUUCAUCCAUGUUGAAUUACUUGGCUUUCCUCCUUCUCUACCUGCACCUUCAACCAUCAAAGUAGGCGAUAAGGUUAGAGUGAAAUCAACAGUAACUGCGCCAAGGUACAAGUGGGGUUAUGUAACCCAUGACAGUGUCGGGGUCGUAACAGCGAUAUCGCCGAACGGCCAUGAUUUGACAGUUGACUUUUCGAAACAACAGAACUGGACUGGAUUGAUCGCCGAGAUGGAAAUCGUACCAUCUUGCCAUGAGGAUACGACUUGCAUGAGUUGUUCGCUGGCGCCGAUAAAAGGUCCCAGAUUCAAAUGCAAGACCUGCGAACGAUACGACCUUUGCGAGAAUUGUUUCUACACCAAGCGGAAUCAUCGGCAUUCGUUUGUUCGCAUUCACGAACCAGGUUCGCCAGAAAUAUUUGCCGGAAGAGCGGGAAGAUACUACAAACACGACGCUAUCGAUAUGGAUGGCGAGGUUAUAACAGAAUGGGGAAGAAUAGUGAAAAAUGUAACGGUAUCUUCUAAGUACGCUGUGCGCUUCGACAUACCUGGUACUGUGUGGCAGAGCUGUGGUUCCCAAGGAAAACAUUGGAUAAGGCUGGAAAUAUUUCCCGAUAUUACGAUCAAGUCGUUGAAAGUCGGAGUGGAUCCAGCUGAUAACAGUUAUAUGCCUUCUGUGAUAGUUGUUAACGGUGGUCAUUCUAUAAACUCCAUGACUGAAUUGAACACAGUUAACGUGAAAAACCAUGACACAUCCGUUUUGUUAUUGAGUAAUUUAGAUAAGCAUUAUCCCAUGAUCGAAAUAAAUGUUUCAAAAUGCCGCAACAAUGGCAUCGACUGUAAAAUCCACGGUAUCACAAUGGUCGGAAUAAUGAAGCAGUCCUUUGGUGAACUGAAAACAUCUGUAUCAUUUCUAGCCAAUGAUUGGGACUUAACGCAGGAGGCCACACCUGGUCCAUCUCUAAUAACUAUGACUCAGGAGUGCAACACAGAUCUAGCUUCUUCGACUUCUAGUGGAUAUAGAGUGUAUGUUUGGGGUUUGAAUGAUAAGGAUCAGCUAGGUGGAAUGAAAGGUUCAAAAGUGAAACUUCCAGUUUUGUCCGAGUUUCUCAGUCAUUUGAGACCCACACACAUUGCAGGCGGCUCCAAAUCAUUGUUUAUAGUGUCUCAAGAAGGAAAAUUGUACGCUUGCGGCGAAGGCACCAACGGCCGCCUCGGCCUCGGCCACAACAACAACGUGCCCAGCCCUAGGCCCAUUCCAUUCCUCAGCCAGUACGUCGUCAAGAAGGUGGCCGUGCACUCGGGCGGCAAGCACGCGAUGGCCUUGACCCUCGAUGGCAAGGUGUUCUCGUGGGGCGAGGGCGAGGACGGCAAAUUGGGCCACGGCAACCGGCUCAACUUGGACAAGCCGCGCAUGAUCGAGGCGCUGCGCAGCAAGAAGAUCAGGGACAUAGCUUGCGGCAGUUCGCACUCGGCGGCCAUCACCAGCGGCGGCGAGCUGUACACUUGGGGCCUGGGAGAGUACGGCCGGUUGGGGCUAGGGGAUAACGUGACGCAGCUGAAGCCGAAGCUGGUGAAGGCGUUGGUCGGGCACAGGAUAGUGCAGGUGGCUUGCGGUAGUCGAGAUGCUCAGACCCUGGCGCUGUCAGACGACGGAAUGAUAUUUUCUUGGGGCGACGGCGAUUUCGGUAAACUGGGCAGAGGCGGCUCGGAGGGUUGCAACGUUCCCCACAACAUAGAGAGGCUCAAUUCCUGCGGGGUCAUUCAGAUCGAAUGCGGAGCUCAGUUUUCUCUGGCCCUCACGAAAUCGGGGAAUAUCUGGACAUGGGGAAAAGGCGACUAUUUCAGACUGGGCCACGGCACGGACCAGCACGUGCGCAAACCGACCGUCAUCGAUACGAUGCGCGACAAGAAGGUGGUCCACGUGGCGGUGGGGGCGCUGCACUGCUUGGCUGUCACCGAGGACGGGCAGGUGUACGCGUGGGGCGACAACGAUCACGGCCAGCAGGGCAACGGGGCGACGGCGGUCAACCGGAAGCCGGCCCUGGUGCAAGGUCUCGAAGACGUGAAGAUCAACCGGGUCGCUUGCGGCAGCUCCCAUUCUAUUGCGUGGACGAUGCAGGACACGCAGACCGUAUCCAAAGUGGAACCCGUUAUAUUUCCGGUGGCGAAAGAUCCUUUAGGAUCGAGCAUUUUGGGGCUGUACGACGGAGAGAAGCCACAAACUCGUGCGGCCAACAAAAAUGUGCCGACGUUGAGCAGCAUUGUCAUGUCUCUGGAGAGUAACACUGCCAAACAGCAGGCUUUACAGCACAUUUUGAACGCUAUGCACAUCCAGGAGCUCAGGCAGUGUAUAGUCAAAGCCCUGUGCAGUCACACCAACAUAACGAAUAAUAAAACCAAGCCUGACAAUACUUCUGAUAAUUCACUUGAACAACCUUUGGGGUCGAUGACGAUGAACAAUAAAGAAGGUGAAAUAGCCCUUGGUGGAGGAGAGGCACCUGUUUCGCUUGCUGAAGUCGUUGCGAUCAAUAGUCCGAAUCCGACUCCGGAUACCGAAGACACUCCCCUGGCCCUGCACCAAUCCAUGACUGCGAGCAGUUGCUCGGCCAGCAUGUCGUCCAAGCACUCGAGGAUGUCGACCAGCGCCAUGUCAGUGAUCGCCGCCACUCUGACGUCACACGCCGAAGUGGUGGGGGACGGGGGACAGAGCGGAUUGGACGAGUUCACUUCCCUGUUGACGGAAAAUGACGCCAGGCUGUUGGUGGAUCUGCUGAAGCUGGCUGUCGCUGAUAGGAUCGAGGAUGAUCAGGCGAAAGAUAUCUUAUCGAUGGUGUUGAUAACUAUGGGAACUGUGAAUCCUAGUAUAGGUGCUAUGCUCUUGGAGUUGUGCAUCACAGAACUAGAAGAUACGACGAACAGUACCCAGAAUUUGUCGACUACUCCACAUCCGGUUGUUCAAGAGUCUAGUCAUCCAUAUGUUGAUGAUGUCACUUUGAGAGGUCACGUGAGAUUGCCUGGAGCUGACGCUCUUCGAGUGGAAUUCGACAGGCGAUGCUCUACCGAACGACGGCACGAUCCUCUUCAGAUAACGGACGGAACGGGGCGAAUCGUGGCCACUUGUUCCGGCAGGGAAUGGAGCGAUUGGUCCUCUGAAUUGAGAAUACCAGGUGACGAGCUGCGGUGGACCUUCACCAGCGACAGCUCCGUGAACGGCUGGGGAUGGCGCUUCACCGUCUACCCCGUCAUGUCCAAUCACGGCCUCAGCGAGCUCGGCUCCGAUCGCGCCGUGCUCAGCCAGCCGUCGACCGUCAUGGUGAUGCGGCUGCUGGACGCGCGGCUGUAUCCGUGCGCCGAUGCGGCCCUGAUGGCGCGGCUGGCCGCCGCUCUCGCCGCUUGCUCGCAGUUGAGCUUCCUCUCUCCCAACCAACGGAUGUGGGCUCUGCAAAGGCUUCAUAGACUGUUGACGGGUGUCAACAAUAAGACUGAAACUGUGGCUAUUCAGCUGCAAGAACUGAAAGCACCCGACAGUGCUCUAGGCUCGUUAUUAGAAGAGCUGCCUCAGGCGUUAUUGAGGCAAUACGAGUAUGAAGAUGGGUCAGUGAGAGCCGGGUUGCAUUUGAUGCAUUCGGACUUUUUCAAGGUUCUGGUCGCCUUGGCCUCCGACCUGGAACUCGACAAAAUGGCCGGCAUCGCCGACAACCACAAGUGGCUGUGGUUCAGAAAGUACUGCCAUGCCGCCCGAGUAGCCAAAUCCCUCAUACACCGCACCCCCCUGCCUCUCAGCUUCUGUCACGAGGUGAGAAAGAAGCUAACCGACUCGAGCGACUCCUCCAGCACGGAAGAGUACUGGGACCACGAGAAGCACAGCGUGUUCAGGAAGGAGCACGACGAACAGCUGCUGAUCUGGCUGAACAGGCGACCGGAGGACUGGACGCUGUCGUGGGGCGGGUCCGGGACUAUUUACGGGUGGGGGCAUAACCAUCGAGGGCAGCUGGGCGGGGUCGAUGGGGCCAAAGUGAAGACUCCGACGGCUUGUGAGGCGUUGUCGUCUCUGAGGCCGGUUCAGUUGCUGGGAGGCGAACAGACGCUGUUUGCUGUCACGGCUGAUGGGAAAGUGUAUGCUACAGGUUAUGGGGCCGGCGGUAGAUUAGGCAUCGGUGGUACCGAUUCCGUACUGGUGCCCACUCUGCUGGAAUCCAUCCAGCACGUUUACAUCAAGAAGAUCGGCGUGAAUUCGGGCGGCAAACAUUGUUUGGCGCUGUCCGCCGACAACGACGUCUACUCUUGGGGCGAAGGAGACGACGGCAAAUUGGGCCACGGCAAUAGAACGUCUUGUGAAACGCCUAAGCUCAUCGAAUUGCUGCAAGGCUACGAGGUGGUCGAUAUCGCGUGUGGUGGAGCCCAUUCGGCAGCCAUUACAGCUUCUGGCAAUUUGUACACCUGGGGGAAAGGUCGAUACGGAAGACUGGGUCACGGUGAUAGUGAAGAUCAACUGAAACCAAAAUUAGUGGAGGCUCUGUUGGGGUACAAAGUGAUCGACGUGGCGUGCGGUUCGGGCGACGCGCAAACUCUCUGCAUCACCGACGACGACAACGUGUGGUCGUGGGGCGACGGAGAUUACGGCAAAUUGGGCAGAGGCGGCUCGGACGGCUGCAAAGUGCCGAUGAAGAUCGAGAGCUUGGCCGGCCUGGGGGUGGUCAAAGUGGAAUGCGGCUCGCAGUUCUCCGUCGCGUUGACCAGGUCUGGAAGCGUGUAUACGUGGGGAAAGGGAGAUUACCAUAGAUUGGGUCACGGUACUGGCGACCACGUAAGGAGGCCCAAGAAGGUAGCCGCCCUCCAGGGCAAGAUCAUCAGCAUCGCCACCGGUUCCCUCCACUGCGUCGCGUGCUCCGAUGAGGGGGAGGUUUUCACGUGGGGUGAUAACGACGAGGGGCAGCUGGGAGAUGGAACGACGAACGCCAUCCAGAGGCCGCGGCUCGUCACUCAUUUACAGGCUAACGCGAAGAAAAUCACCAACGUCGCCUGCGGUUCCGCCCACACCCUAGCCUGGUCCACUAGCAGCGCCAGUUCGGCGUGCGCCCGCCUGCCCGCCGUGGCGCCACUGGAGUACGACCUGCUGCAGGACAUCCCCUCGAUGAUCCUGCACUGUCGGCUCGUCCUGCUGCACCACUUCGCCGAGUCGAUUUGCCCGUGCAUCGCCAUGUUCCCGAUCACGGGGCCCGAUUCGCUGCACGAGCUGCGCAGCAUCUUGGUGUAUUCGAUCAAGGAGGCGACGUUCAGGAAAGUCGUGCAAGCGACGAUGGUGCGCGACAAGCACCACGGGCCUGUCAUCGAGUUGAACAGGAUACAGGUUAAAAGAUCUAGGGCUCAUGGCGGUUUAGCUGGAGUAGAUGGUAUGAAAUCUGUUUUCGGCCAAAUGGUGAGCAAGCUGCCGCUCCUAACAUCCGAAACUUUGGCCUUGCCGCACAGAGUUUGGAAGGUGGAAUUCGUAGGUGAAAGUGUCGACGAUUGCGGCGGCGGCUACAGCGAGAGCAUCGCGGAGAUGUGCGACGAACUGCAAAACGGAUCUUUGCCGCUGCUUAUACCGACGCCGAACGGCAGAGACGAAUCGGGGGCCAACAGGGACUGCUUCAUCUUGAAUCCGCUGGCGAAGACGUGCCUCAACCUGAACAUGUUCAGGUAUCUCGGCGUAUUGAUGGGCAUCGCCAUACGAACGGGCUCCCCUUUGAGCUUGAAUCUGGCAGAGCCCGUGUGGAAACAGCUGGCCGGCAUCGAGCUAACUCCCGCUGAUCUCACCGAAAUCGACAGGGACUACGUGCCGGGGCUGCUGUGCAUCCGGGAUAUGGGGGCUGAGGAGCCGCUGUUCCGGAACUUGGAGAUGCCGUUUUCGACGCCCUCGGCGUCGGGCAGCGACGUCUGUCUGAGCACGAGGUACAAGCGGAUCGCGUACGAGAAUCGACUCGAGUACGUGAGGCUCGCGCUCAAUUUUAGGUUACAUGAGUUCGAUGAGCAAGUUAAAGCUGUACGUGAUGGAAUGUCUAGGGUAGUGCCAGUACCCUUGUUAUCUCUAUUCAGUGGAUACGAGUUGGAGACCAUGGUGUGCGGAUCGCCCGAUAUACCACUCUCACUUCUGAAGUCGGUAGCUACGUACAAAGGAGUUGACAGUGGUGCUCCGCUGAUACAGUGGUUCUGGGAAGUCAUGGAAGAAUUCACCAAUCAGGAGCGCUCUUUAUUUUUGCGAUUCGUAUGGGGAAGGACUCGUCUGCCAAGGACGAUACCGGAUUUCCGCGGCAGAGAUUUCGUCAUACAGAUCCUCGACAAGUACUCGCCUCCGGAUCAUUUCUUGCCUGAAAGCUAUACGUGUUUCUUUUUGCUUAAAAUGCCGAGGUAUUCCUGCAAGCAUGUUCUGCAGCAAAAACUAAAAUACGCCAUUCAUUUCUGUAAAUCAAUCGAUAAAGAUGAAUACGCUAGGGUUGCUAUGGCAGGAGAUUUAGCUAUUAGUUCUAGUUCCGAUGCCGAAAGCGAUCCUGAAAUGGACAGUAGCAACUGA